AUCGGGAUCCGCUCAGCUGCGCGUCGUGUUUACGCUUUUCCGAGAGAGAGAGAGAGAGAGAGAGGAGGAGAGCUUUUUCGGGGAAAAGUGUCGGUUGGAGGUGUGAGCAUCAACUGAGUCAAUAUUGUUGGAAAUUUAUUUUUGACGUUUGAUGUACUCUUUCUUUCGAGUCGGUUGUCUGUUCUCGCUGACGCUUGUUUAAGUGGCCGAAUGAAAGGACAACACGCGCGCUGAAAGGUUUGCUGUAUAUAUACUUAUCGUACACGUACAUUGAUCGCUGCUGCUGCCGCCGCGGCUGCGAGGAAUAGAGAGACUGCUGCGCAGAAGUGGAAGAAAGCACGCAGAAAAGAUGUCGAAUAUUAGCGAUACCGUCUCGAAGAAGCUCUCUAGCUUGACACAGGUAGAGGUGAUCAGAACCAGCUACAUAUGGACGAUCCACAACUUCAGCUUCUUGUCAGUCGAAUCUACGAAGAAAGUCAAGUCAUCGGUCUUCACGAUGGGAGCGAACAAGGAGUACCAGUGGCGUCUGCGAAUGUACCCGCACGGCUGCGACGAGGAGGACAGCAAUCACCUCUCCCUCUUCCUGCAGCUGGUCUCGCCAACCGACACACCGGUCAGCGCCAAGUUCGAUUUCUCCAUCAUCAAGCCCGACGGUCAGAAGCACACCCUGGCCUCCCACAAGAUCCGCAGCUACACCCAGUGGAAGUCCCUGGGCUACCACGAGCUCAUCGAGCGCAGCCACCUGUUGGACGAGCGCACGGGUUACAUGUCCGAUGAUACCCUCAAGGUUAGCUGCGACGUGAGCGUCGCUACCGGCAACAUGGUCAAUCAGCCGUCCUUGGAGGAGCCCGAGCUGCCCGAGCCGAUCGACGCCGAGCUCAACCUGCUCCGCGACCUGGACAACAUGCUCAGCAACAAGAUCUACGCGGACGUGGGUUUGCUCGUGGGUGACGAUCGGUUUGAGGUACACAAGGCCCUGCUGUCUGCUCGCAGCCGGGUCUUCGCGGCUAUGUUCGAGCACGACAUGAAGGAGAAGCAGCAGAGCGAGGUAAGGAUACUCGACAUCGAGAAGGAGGUGCUCGAGGAGCUGAUACGCUUCCUGUACACGGGCCGCGUCAAGGAGAUCGACACGAUCGCCCCUGGUCUGCUCGCCGCUGCGGACAAGUACGCGCUCAACGACCUCAAGCUCAUGUGCGAGAGAUCCAUCUUCAGCAACCUCACGGUCGACAAUGUGCUCAACACGCUCGUCAUCGCCGACAGACACAACUCGCUCACCCUCAAGCAACAGGCCAUCGAAUUCAUGAAGGCCAAUGCUCCUAGGUUGAUGGAUAAUUUGGCGAAUUUCCUGCUCAGUUCCGGCGAGUGCGCUGCGUGCGGCUGCAAGUAAAGCGUUACGAGUGUUCACGCAUAAAAAUGUCCUCUUAGGCCAAGAGGAAAUAAUCUCAUUUUAGGACCCAUGAGGAAAAUCAUUUUUCAUGAUACGUGCACGAAAAAGGCCACUUUCCAUGCAUGUAAAAUGAAUGGAAAAUCAAGUUUUUCUUAGCAGCGGGAAAAAAUUACUCCCUUG